AUGCUUUCUACGGCACUUAAACUUCUUUCUGUUGCCUUGUUGGGCUCGCGCGCAGCUGCUCAGACCGUCGAACCAUUCGUUCUUGAUGGUCGACUUGACAGCGCAGUUGCCAGCGAUGGCACCUACAAUUCCGGAGGUACCAUCUCCGUCAAUGGAUACUCGGUCACGAUCCCUCAGAAUCUCCAAGUGCAAUUCCCUGCUGCUUUUGCACCUUUUGGAGAGUUUGCAAGCGCGAACAGCUUCGUCGGCCAUGAGGUUUCGUAUGUUCAUCUCCCAUCCUGGAAUUUAAAUAUUCAGUACGCUGACAUUUCCGCGAAGNNAGUCAUCGGAAAUGUGGUCAACGGUAAGCCAAUUGCCGGCCUUGUACAGAUUGGAGAAUAUCUCUUGCAAGCCAGUUCUGGCACAGUUGAAAGCAUCAAUUUCGCCGCUGGCACAAUGAAGAUCAAGGGUGGCCCAACUAUCGCGAUCAACGACCCGAACGCAGUCUACUCUGUGGGAUAUACCAAGUCUCCCCUCUACACCGCAGACGAUGAGAAUCCUUCCAUCACAGCAUUCAGCGGCUUCCCGAUGUGUAUUCCAAGGUCUUCAUCUGAUCCACUUUGUCCUACGAGCAACCGACCAGCAGGACAAAGCACAUUGUAUGACAUUCCUCUUACUUCGUACGCUGGAAUAUUCCAUGUUGACACCUUACCAGCCAANGCACCAGACCCUUUGAAGAUGGCUCCUUUCCAAGUGGGAGAUUAUCUCGAAUACUCUGGCAUCAACGUUGGUGGCACUAUCGUUUGUUACACAAUUGUUGCUCCCAGUGUACAAAUCACUACUACUGGCGCUCCCACUUAUAUCCGUGUCGAAGAUGCUAUCAUUGGGAUCUUCGAUGGUGGAACCACCUCUGAGUUUGGUGACUCCAGAGUAAAUCCCACUGUUGGUAUUACGGUCUUUGCCAUCGAUGUCGACCCCUGUACCGGUGAAGAGACAGAAAGAAGUGUUGGCGCUGCCUCUUACAAGGCAGGAGAUGUGAGGAACAAGUGGACUUGGCGAUCGUCUACUACAACAACAUCCAAGUACACUCGCGAAUACGUCAUCCGCGCUUCUACUGGUGAGAAGCUGACAGACAACAAGAUCAACGCUGGUCGCUAUGUUCAACCUGUCUUGGAGUUUCUCUUCCCCGAGGCAAAUGUUCCUGGCAUUGUUCCGCCCGUCAAUGACUUUAGCAACUUUCCUUUCCUUGCACAAGGUCUGGGAUACGACAGUAACGGCAAUCUUUUUGGUCAGCUCAAUCCCUGGCCAGGUGCUAAUGCUCCCGCCACAAAGAGCUGUGCUCCUUACUCUCCCCCCGCUGCUAGUUCUUCUGCUGCUGCUUCUGGUACAGCAUCGAGCACGACUGAUCCUUCUGCUUCCGCUACAUCGAUCCCAAGUAGCUCUGGAUCAGCUGCAGCAAGCACUCCUACCUUGGCUGUCGGUGAUACCCAAACGAGUCGUCCUGGAGUCGUGGUCAAGCUAGGCUUCAAUGUCACCAACAAGGCAGACUUUGGUCCCAACGAUCUCACAUACAGCUGGUCUCAAGUUAGUGGACCUACUGUCACUCUCUCGAGUAGCAACGCCGCAAGUCCCUCUCUCACUGCUCCCUCUGACACGGCAAAGGCCACCUAUAUCUUCAACAUCAAAGCCAGCAGUACUACAGCAGGCACAAGUGGCAAUGCCAACGUCACAGUAAUCAGCGAUCCUGCUAUCAAGGACGUCGUGACGAUUGAAAGUUACACAUGGGACUCUUCAGGAGGUGGUCGGCUCUCAGUCACUGCCAACACCAACAUUGUCGGCUAUGAUGCGAAAUUGAAGUUGUACUUGACAAACACAGCGACUGGAACGCCUGCUGCAUUGACAUUGGCGAAUGGCAAGUAUAGUGUCAGCUUGACCAAGACGAAGAAGCCGGCAAAUGGUAUUACUGUUGUCAGUGAUGGAGGAGGUAGCAAGAGUGUGACUGCAGUGACUGCAUAG